AUGAGACUUGUACUGGAGAAACUUAAAUACAAAGAUAUCAAACAUACAAAUACAUACCUGCUUAUUCUGCUCAUAACAAUAGCAGGAGACACCGAAUUAAAUCCAGGUCCACGUGCACCUAGGUGGCCCUGCGGGACAUGUAACAAAGCUGUCACGUGGAAACACAAAGCAAUUUGUUGUGAUACAUGUCAGACAUGGUAUCAUAUAGAUUGUCAAGGAAUAAAUUCUGGCAUGUACUCUUGUAUGGACUCAUCAAACAUUUCUUGGGAUUGCAUCCAAUGUGGAAUGCCAAAUUUCUCAUCAUCUCUAUUUAAUAUGUCAUCAAUAGAAACAAGUAAUCGAUUCUCAAGCCUAAGUGAACAUUCAUGCAUGAGCCCUGGAGAACCAAAAGCAACUUCAUCUCCGAAAAAGAAAUGUUAUAAACCAGGGAGAAAAACACCCAAACAUACACCACUUAGAGUACUUAACAUAAAUUUCCAAUCAAUAAAAAACAAAAAACCUGAACUAGAAGAGAUCUUAGACUCUGUUAAGCCAAAUAUUAUAUUUGGAACUGAAACUUGGCUAGAUAAAGAAACAUCCUCAUAUGAUUACUUUCCAAUAUCCGACUACAAUGUAUACAGGAAAGAUCGCCCACCAAAUGAAAAAAAUCAAAGUCAUGGUGGUGUCCUAAUUGCCAUACCAAAAGACAUCAUAUCUAAUGAAAUCUCAGAACUUCAAACAAACUGCGAAAAUGUAUGGGCUGAAGUAAAUAUAGCCAACUCCAGAAAAUUAAUUCUUGGUUGCUACUACAGACCACCUUCAGACACAGGUUCUUCACUUGAAGAACUUAAUACAUCUCUAAGCCGUACAAAUGGGAACUCAAAAGCAACUAUAAUCUUAGGGGGGGAUUUCAACCUUGGUCAUAUAGACUGGCAAAUACCAUCAGUAAUUCCUGGAAAGCCAGAUAACAAACAACACCAAAUUUUAAUUGACAUAAUAAAUGACCACUCCCUGGAGCAAAUAGUAGACAAACCAACAAGAGGUGAAAGAAUACUAGAUCUUAUCUUAACAAAUGCACCAAACAUAAAAAAUAAACUGGAAUUAAUGCCACCUAUUGGUAAUGCAGAUCAUGACAUCGUAUUCACUGAAUGUUCAAUAUCACUGAAAAGGAACAAAAAACCAGUAAGACAAAUUUGCCAAUUCAAAAAAGCAAACUGGGAAAACAUUAAAUCAGACAUACAAGUACUAGAAAGAAAGAUUAAAACUAUAUACAAUACAAGUAACACCAAUGAACUUUGGCAAACAUUCAAAGAAGACCUUAUAAAGACAAUCAGUACUAACAUACCACAAAAACAAAUAACACAUACAAUGAAAUUGCCUUGGAUCACAGACCAACUAAGAAUCAAGAUUAAUAAAACUAAACGUCUGCACAAAAAAUCAAAGAAAAAUCAUCAUCUGCAAAUUAGAUACAAACAUAUGAAAAAAACAUUGCAGGCAGAUAUGCGUUCAGCCUAUUGGCAUUAUUAUUGA